AUGUGGGUGUUUGUAUACAAGUUCGAAGAAAGUUCAGCGGAUGUAAAAAAAAAAUCAAAAUCUCAAAACAAAAAAGGUGCACUAACGCAAAAAAAAAAAUCGAAUUUGAGAGUUAUCAACAAUAUCAGUUGUCGAUUAAAACCUAACAGUAAAGAUACACGAUUAUCUAAAAUGAGUGGAUAUUCUGUUGUUGCCGUAUUCAUAGUAGUUGUUGCCUUAUCAUGUUUGGCAUGGGUGUUUGCACCAAAAGAGAACACAACUGUCUUUAGAUCAUCAGUAAUAUUAGCAUUGUCAAUGUGUUAUUUAAUGUGGGCAAUCACGUAUUUAGCUCAGUUACAUCCAUUGGAAGCCCCAAGAAGAUCUGAUUUGAGACCAGAACCCAAGGAUUAA